GUUCACUAUAAGUUAAGAGCUCAAACGUGCAAGUCGCAAAAAACCAAAUUAUUUUUCUAAGUUACAAAUUAUAUUAAAAAAGGAUUAAAACAUGUCAACCAAUAGAGCCGCAAAAUCAGGAUUUGCCGCUGAAGCCCAACGUAAAAUUAAUUCAAAAUACAGUGAUGAAUUGGCAGCUGAGUGCUUAGAAUGGAUCAAAGAAGUAACAGGCGAGCCAAUCAACACAUCGGGCGAUAUGGAUAACUUUUAUGAGGUGUUGAAAGACGGCGUUAUGCUCUUAAAGCUCAUAAAUUCUUUGGAACCAGGAAAAGUCAAGAAGGUUAACGAAAGCAAGAUGGCAUUUAAAUGUAUGGAAAAUAUUUCCGCAUUCUUGGAAGUUGCAAAGGCAUUCGGAGUACCGGUACAAGAAACAUUCCAAACUGUCGACUUGUGGGAACGUCAGAACUUGAACUCUGUUGUAAUUUGCUUGCAGUCACUUGGACGAAAGGCUCAAAACUUCGGCAAGCCAUCAAUUGGACCAAAAGAAGCUGAAAAGAAUGUCAGAAACUUCUCAGACGAGCAACUUAAAGCUGGACAAAAUGUCAUUUCACUUCAAUAUGGUUCAAAUAAAGGUGCAACUCAAUCAGGCAUCAAUUUCGGCAACACAAGACACAUGUAAAUCCUUUAAUUAAGCAACAAAUCAAAAGUCACAACGAAAUAUACGUCAUUCCAUCAAGUUAUGAAGUUCAACUAUUAAUUUCAUUCCGAUUUCUAAUUUUUUGAUAAUUCCUUUUUGCUCUUAAUCUGUAAUUUAAAUACUAUACAAGAAUUUUACAAUUUCAAUUGUAUUCACUAUAGUAUGUCGAUGGUGCUCAAAAACUGUCUUAAGAACCAAGCAUAUAGUAAGUUUUGAGCAUCACUAUGUUAAGUAAUAAUCGUUGAUUGAUGUAAGUGACAGUACUAUAAACUAAAUAAUAUAUAUUGAAAGGAUGAUCAUUAGUGGCCUUUAGAAACAAUUAUAAUGUCAUAUUUAAAAAUUAUUAUAGUAACAGCAUUAAUGGAGAAAUUAAAUGUUUCUUUUUGGCACAUAUAAUGUGGACAUUUAGUGCCAUUGUUGAAGUCUUGUUACUUAACUUACGUCUUUUUUAAUUUACCAAUUCUUCUUUCAAUUUUUUUGUGAAUUUAAGUUCAUUUAAAAAAGAUUCCACUGUGGAUAAAAGACAACUUUUUGCAUAAUUACUAAGCAUGUCAAAAAAUCGAUAACUAUUACGA